AUGAGCUUCUUCCGCAUCACCCUCCUCCGCUCCGCAAUCGGACUCCCACGCCGCUCGACAGACGUCCUCAAAGCCCUAGGACUCAAAAAGCGCAUGGGCACUGUCUUCCACGCCGUGUCGCCAUCAGUGGCCGGUCAGAUCAUGAAAGUCAAAGAGCUGGUCUCGGUCGAAGAGGUGGACCGGCGACUCACGAAACAGGAGGUGCAUCUGGAGCGCAAGCCCGAUCCGGGGUAUUACCUGGAGAAGAGCUGUGUUGCUGAACGGACGGAGUUGCGGGGGCAGUAA